AUGCCAGAUAUGAUGGUGCAGCUGGCCGUGAUAAACAGCACGCUGACCCCGACAUGGGAUAACCUGGAGAACCACACGGCGACGCUCAUCCGCACCGCGUACAUGAACAGCUGGGACGCGCUGCACUCGUCGUUCGACUACAACGCCACGCGCACGGUGACGCUCGAGCAGGCGGAGCAGCGGCUGCAGGCGUCUGUCUCGUUUGCGCGUCUGUUCGGCCGGCUCGGCGUUACGCUACUCUUGCCCGUGUCGGGGAUCCUGGUGCGGCAUAUGCAGAUGCAGAGGGAGCGGGCGAUGAUCGUGGACGAGGUGGCGAUCUUGUUGACGGAUCCGGGGGAGGUCGUGGAGAGGAAUCUGCGGCUAUGGCGCGGCUGA